AUGCGCUUGGGAGUGGGCGGCCACAUUUUUCGAAGGCCCGACAUCGUCUCCUUGAAGGUGACCGUGUCGCAAAUCAAGAAGCGCCUGGAGGUGCACGCGCGCAACGAGGUGAUCAAAGGCCGCUCCAGCCGUGCCUUGCAGCUCUAUAGCUUUAUCGCGCUGGGCGCGGUCGUGCACCUGCUGCACCAGCGUCGAGCGGUGGAUGACAUGGAGACGCUGCAGAUGUUAUUCUUGGAGUCUGAGGAUCAAGGUGAAGGCAGCUUCUCACCCGACACCAUGGCGAGAUUGGCCAGCGUGGCUGCUAGCCUGCCCUCCACCCCAACACGCGGGGCGAUCGCGGCAGAAAGCACCCGGGACGAGGCGCCAGCGGCCAGGGUCGAACUCACUGCCGUGGUCUUCAUCCACGUCUAUGGCCUUGUCGCCUGGGGCGAUCCGACGGCAGGCGGCUCCAUCCCGUGGUCCCUUUCGGAGCGGUUGAGUGCGGGCAUCACCUUCGUGGUGGGCAAUACGCGUGCCUUCGCCGCCGUGGGGCAACAAGGUUCAGUGACCACCUGGGGAGACCCGGCCUGCGGGGGGAACUCCGCACACGUGGCGGAGCACUUGAAGAGCCGAGCUUUUCAACUGUGUUACAACGAAUGGGCCUUUACUGCUUUUCGUGAAGGUGGCCAACUGGUAUGCUGGGGCGACGCCGAUGCCGGCGGUGCGCCCCAGGAGGCAGCACCCGCCCUGACCAGCGGCGUGGUAAAGGUGUGCGCCACCGAGUUCGCCUUUGCAGCUUUGAAGGAGAACGGCCAAGUGAUCGCCUGGGGCGACCCCAGCGUAGGAGGAGAGCUGCCUGAGGCGGUGAAGCCCAAACUGAUGAGUGGCGUGGUGAACCUUUGGAGCAACACCGGCGCCUUUGUGGCCGCCAAGGAGGACGGCUCAGUGGUGGCAUGGGGCGAACCCACCUCAGGGGCAGUCAUCGAGGCCAAUAUCAAGAAUUUGGACAGUGUCUUCUGCAAUCUCCGAGCCUUUGCAGCCAUCACCACAGAUGGUGGCGCGGUCGCUUGGGGGGCGCCUGGUUGCGGCGGUGAUGCCAGCCACGUGAGGGAGCAGCUCCAGUCUGGCGUGGUGGACAUCCGUGGCAACGGGCGUGCCUUUGCGGCCCUGAAGGAGAAUGGCUCCGUGGUGUGCUGGGGAAACCCCGACUUCGGGGGUGAUGCUUCAAGCACUGCCCACAUGCUGAAGCACAGUGUGGUUGACGUGGUGCCGAGCUUGAAAGCCUUUGCCGCACUGAAGGAGGAUCCCAUGAGUUUGGGCUACACGGUCCAUACCUGGGGCGAUCCGCAGGCGGGCGGCGAUGCCAGCACAGUGGCCCAAAGCUUGAUCGGCAACGUGCUGCAAGUCAUCGCCAACGACUGGGCCUUCGCGGCGCGCCGGGACAACGGCCAGGUGGUGUGCUGGGGUGAUCCCACCUCCGGCGGAGACCUCGGGGACGUGGCCGAGAAGAUUGAAGCUGGAGGCGGAGCCGUAGCUCUGUAUCACACCACGCGGGCCUUUGCGGCGGUGCUGCAGAACGGCUCCAUUUGCUCCUGGGGCGAGCUCAGCUGUGGUGGUGACUGCACACCGGCGGAGUUCGAGCUGGCCGGGGAAAAGGUGGUGGACCUGUGCGCCAACGACUACGCCUUCUGCGCGCGCAGCGCCUCUGGUGCGGUGGUCGCUUGGGGCCACAAGCAAUAUGGCGGAAGCAUUGACGAGGAGACGGUUCCCAAGCUCAGGAGCGGAGUGACCAAGAUGAUAGGGAACAAGUUCUCCUUCUUGGCGAUGAAGCGAUCCGGAACCUAUGUCACCUGA